AUGCGUGCGGCCGCGGAAAGCGCCUCUCACGCCUCAGCAGAAGGCGAUUCGUCUCCCGUUGUCGUGAAUCCUCCACGUGGUGUGUCACCACGUGCGACAGGUACUUCCCUUGCGUCUGCAGAGGGUACCUCGAAUCGUAAUCCAGACGAGUCUGAGAUAGAGCUCAUCUAUUCCGGCGAGUCGGAUGAUGCAUCCGAUUCGAAGGCGACACCUCACGCCUCGAGAUAA